AUGGCCGAAAGCGGUAAGCGUGAUUUCGACGAAGUGGAAGAAGAUGACGAUGAAUGGGUUGGUCCCAUGCCUGAAGAAGCUGUCAAGACCAAAAAGAGAAAGGUGCUAGAGUUUGAACAGGUUUACCUGGACAACAUGCCAAAUGCUGAAUCUUAUGAGAAAAGUUUCAUGCACAGAGAUGUUGUCACUCAUGUGGCAGUAGCAAGGACUGGAUUCAUUAUCACUGCCAGUUGUGAUGGGCAUGUCAAAUUCUGGACCAAAAAUGAAGAUGCAGGCAUUGAAUUUGUCAAGCAUUUCAGGAGCCAUUUAGGAACAAUUGAAGAUAUGUCUGUGAGCGGUCCGGGAGAUCUCUGCUGUACAAUAUCUGAUGAUAAAUCUGCCAAAAUGUUUGAUGUUGUCAAUUUUGAUAUGAUAAACAUGAUGAAGUUAAACUAUGCCCCACACACCUGCGGCUGGAUCUUUGCCUCGGGGGAUCCAGUCUGUGCCCUUGCUGUAUCGGAGAAAGACACAAGUAAUAUACAUAUAUAUGAUGGGAGGGGAACAAGCACACCACUUCACACACUCUCAAAUAUGCAUUCUUCACCAGUGAAGCUGAUCAGGUACAACCCUGUGUAUGAGGUAGCUGUGUCAGCUGACAAUGAUGGCAUGCUGGAAUACUGGACUGGUCCAAAGUAUGACUACAAAUUCCCUAAAAAUGUGAAAUGGGAGUAUAAGACAGAUACAGACCUGUAUACAUUUGCUCAGAACAAGACCAUUCCUAGCGAUAUCAGUUUUUCUCCAAAUGGAAAAAUGAUGGCCUCGAUAGCAAAGGACAGAAAAGUUAGAAUCUUCAAAUUUUUAACAGGAAAAUUAUCCAAAGUUUUGGAUGAAUCACUCAAACAGUUUACAGAACUACAGCAGAUGAAGCAGCAGUUACCUAAUAUGGAGUUUGGACGUCGUUUAGCUGUUGAACGAGACUUAGAGAAAACAGAAUCUUUCCAAAGAUGUAGCAUAAUUUUUGAUGAGAGCGGACAUUUUGUACUUUAUGCUACAAUGUUAGGAAUCAAAGUGAUAAACCUACACACAAACAGAUGUGUUCGGAUGCUGGGGAAGAAGGAGAAUGCACGUUUGCUUGGACUAAGCAUGUUCCAGGGUACAGGCAAAAAACGCAAGGCAGCUGUUGAUGCAGAAAUGGCUGCGUCAGAAAAUCCAAUCCUACAGACAGUCAACAUUGACCCUAUAUUGUUUUGUACAGCUUUCAAGAAGAAUCGAUUUUACUUAUUUUCUCGAAGGGAACCUGAUGAUAUUAAAAGCUCAGAAACAGAGAGAGAUGUGUUCAACGAGAAACCAUCGAAGGAGGACAUGGUGUCCGCCACACAGGACACGUCAUACACUCGGGUAUCAGAGAACUGUACUGUCCACACCACCAUGGGUGACAUUCACAUCAAGCUGUUUGCAAAAGAAUGUCCAAAGACUGUGGAGAACUUCUGUGUGCAUGGAAAAAAUGGAUACUACAAUGGUCACAUAUUCCACAGAGUCAUCAAAGGCUUCAUGCUACAGACAGGGGACCCUGAGGGUAAUGGCACUGGUGGUGAGUCGAUUUGGGGUGGUGAGUUUGAGGAUGAGUUUCAUCCUUCUUUACGACAUGAUAGACCUUACACAGUGAGCAUGGCCAAUGCAGGCCCCAACACUAAUGGUUCGCAAUUCUUCAUCACAGUCUGUCCCACUCCAUGGUUGGACAAUAAACACACAGUAUUCGGGCGCGUUGUGAAGGGCAUGGAGGUCGUACAGAAUAUCGGAAACGUGAAAACUAACCCAAAAACAGACAAACCUCAUGAUGACAUACGAAUCAUUAGUUUUACUGUGAAAUAGUGCUGAAGGAUAUAUUUUCUUUUUACAAAGAAUUAUUUUAGGAUCUUGGGAAGCAUAUUGUGGUGUACUGAUAUAUUUCUGUCAAGAGAAGUUUCAUGAAAGGAAAAUAUCGACAAAUAUAUUUGACAAUAUAUGAAGGGUAUAAGAUUCUGUUUCUCAUCUAUUUCUCAUCAUUCUGAAGAAACAACACUGGUUUUGCAUAACGAUAGAUAAAUAAAGUAACAAAGAGUUUGACCAUCUGUAUGUACAGUGCAAUUAUAUUUGAUCAUGUUGAUAACAAUGUAAGCAUUGUGUUCUUUUGUUAGUGUAAUUUACUACAAAAAAUGUAAUCAAUUCUCUUCAAAUGCGACUGCAACAUUUAUUACUGCACUAAAAAAGUACAUAAGAGACACAUGUGGAAAUGCAAAAUGAAAUGUAUGAUAAAAUAUUGAA